UACUGGAACAGUCGCUAUGGAACUACAGAAGCUUUCGAACGGGAACCACCAUGAAGCCGCCGGGUCUCCGGAGGGCGGAGUCCCACACGAGGAAGAGAUGUUUCAGCAGCAGAAGAUAGACGACGGUUCGAAGACACCCCAGUUCACAGACUUCCACGGAGAAACCUCUUUUGGGAUGUCAGUCUUUAACCUGAGCAAUGCUAUAAUGGGCAGCGGCAUCCUGGGACUGUCUUACGCCAUGUCCAACACCGGCAUUGUGCUUUUCCUGAUUCUGCUGACGUGCAUCGCCUGUCUGUCCUGUUACUCCGUCCACUUGCUGCUACGGAGCGCAGGAGUUGUGGGUAUCCGUGCCUACGAGCAGCUCGGUCUGCGAGCUUUUGGACAACCAGGGAAGAUUUUGGCCGCUGUCGCCAUUACUCUUCAUAAUAUUGGAGCCAUGUCCAGCUACCUGUUCAUAGUGAAGUACGAACUGCCAUUGGUCAUCCAAGCCUUUCUGGGCCAAACGACAACUUCAGAUGACUGGUUUAUGAAUGGGAACUACCUCAUUAUCAUCGUGACUGUGUGCAUCAUCCUCCCUCUGGCCAUGAUGAGACACUUAGGCUACCUGGGUUACACCAGCGGGUUCUCCCUCACCUGCAUGGUUUUCUUCCUCUCUGCGGUCAUUUACAAGAGGUUUAAUAUUGCCUGUCCUCUGGAAGUGUUUGGGAACUACUCCAUGAACUCAACCGUCCCAGAGGGCACGUGCACAGCGAAAUUAUUCACCAUCAACCCGGAGACUGCCUACACCAUCCCCAUCCUGGCCUUCGCGUUCGUGUGCCACCCCGAGGUUCUCCCAAUCUACACCGAGCUGAGCAACCCGACCAAGAAGAGAAUGCAGAACAUCGGAAAUGUCUCCAUCCUGGGAAUGUUCAUCAUGUACUUCUUCACGGCCAUAUUUGGAUAUCUGACUUUCUACGAGAACACAGAGGCUGAGCUGCUCCAUACCUACAACAAGGUGGACCCUCUGGACACUCUGAUCCUGUGUGUCCGUCUGGCUGUGCUGGUGGCUGUAACUCUGACUGUACCUGUGGUCUUAUUCCCGAUCGCCGGGCCCUCCUGCAGCUGCUCUUCCCCGGGAGGCCUUUCCACUGGGCGCGACACAUCGCCAUCGCCGUCUGCCUGCUCUCUGCGUCAACCUGCUGGUCAUCCUCGUCCCCAACAUCCGGGACAUCUUUGGCAUCACUGGGGCCACCACUGCUCCCACCCUCAUCUUCAUUCUCCCCGGACUCUUCUACAUCAGGAUCAUCCCUUCCAACCAGGAGCCCCUUAGCUCCAGACCAAAAAUCCAGGCUGCGGUUUCACUGCGCUGGGCUUCAUUUUCAUGAGCAUGAGUCUGACCUUCAUUGCAAUCGACUGGAUCACCGGCGUGAAGCGGAAGUCACGGCGGCCAUUAAGGAGCAGAGC